UACUAAGAUGGUGUUGGAAUAAGGCAGACUUAUACAAGUAAAUGACUGCGUUCACGGACAGCUGUUGCAGUGGCUUGUAAAUUAUUAUUCGUAAGAAUGAACAAUACCGUCGGGAUCUUGGCGGUUUUAUUGGCAGCUUUUUCAGCACUGCAGGUCGAGGCGAACUAUCGUCACUUGGACGAUUAUGACGGUGCUGCGCUGCUUCCGCCGCAUCCACGGUGUUCCAGUCAGGAGGAUCCUAUAGCUGCAGUUGCAGGCGUUGCAGCUGGUCUCUUGGAGCCUUUCACUUCGACUUUCAUGCCUCAUGGUCACGUUAAAGGCCAGUACAGUCCGAUACAGCUGUUGCCUUUUCCCGUUGCGCCGUUGAACAUCGCCCGACCGUUUACGCAACUUCAGCAGACCCUGUCUCACCCACCUCUGUUUGGACCUCUCUUUUCACCUUUUUAACAGAUUAUAGUGCGAAAGAAAUACAAUUCUGGAAAAUACAACAACAAUAUCAGUUUUAUCGUUAGUUCAGAUUUCUACAGUUGUGUUUCGCACGAAUUGUUUACAAUUAUUCAUACAAUACCUACCUAUGUACGAUUAUGUAUAUCUACAUUAAAAUAAUAAUAUUUUAUUAUUAUAAGUUUAC